AUGCCCGGUGUUCCACCUAAUGCGCUUCGGCAACUGAAGCAGGGACUCAAGUCCCUUCUUCGGAGGAAGAAGAAGAACCCCCAGAACAAACCCGACGCGGCUCCAGCUACAGAGAACCCCGCCGAUAAACCUGCGGAGAACGCUGCUGCGCCGCCAGCUGAAGCCAAACCUCAAGAACCCGCUCCUGCUGCAGACCCUAAGACAGGUAUGCCCACUAGCCAAGACAUCAGGUCCGGCCAGAUCACUGACCGUCCAAAAGAAGCACCCGCUACGGAUAAGCCCGCCGAAGCCCCGGCUGCGGAGUCCUCACAACCGAAGCCAGAGAACCCUGAAGAUACUCCGGCUCCAGCUCCCGAGGCCAAGCCUGAAGCUCCAGCCGCCGAGGCUCCGGCAGAGGCUUCGACGCCGGAGACGAAGACGGACGCUGCUGCACCGGAGACAAAGGCUGAACCGGCCGCCCCGGCUGCUGAGGCCCCAGCUGCCGCCGAAAAGCCUGCCGAGACGAAGCCUCAAGAGGCCAAAUAA